GCAUCGCGAUGACAGAGUGCGCGCCGCCGUGAACGCACUUAGUUCACUCUAUGGCUCUCGGCCCUUGCCCACCGCGGCAGCUCGCGCAGGGCAGCGCCAGGCCAUCAUGCACAUCUCCGACAGCGUCGACGAGCUGGGGGCCCCGCCCGCGGAGUUCUUCUGGCCUGCCAGCGCUGGUGAAGACGGGGCCCUCCAGGAUCUCCUCUCCUGCGCACGCCUGCAUGGUUCUGGCGCCGCCGCGUCAGCCCCCUUCGUCAGCGACGAGGUCGCGUGGCAUUCCGUCGGCGCUGCGCCCGUGAACAUCGUGGACUUGGCGCAGCCCACGGAAAAGGCGUCGUCGGGCGGCAUGUGCAUGUCCACGUGCGACUUAGAGCGCGCCUUCUACCACGUGAAGUUGCCCGAGGGGAUGGAGGAGAUGUUCACGCUGCCGCCCAUCAGGGCGGGUGUGCUCCAGGAGCUGGGGCGUUCCGACCUCGACUUCGACCCCGCCGUCAACGUGUCGCCCCAGGUCGCGGCGCUGCCGAUGGGCCUCUCGCGGGCACUGCCUCUGCGCCAGUCAGCAGCCCGCGCCGUGCUGGCCGAGGGCGGCCGCGGCGCGGCUAUGACGGCGCAGGACGUCCAGCCCGGCGUGGACGUCACCGCGCGUGGCUCAGUGGGCGUCGGCGCCUAC